CUGAAGUUUUGUACCCAUCAUCUUAGCCUAUAAAACUAGAUUAUAUCACUAUACUUACAUGCUGCAAUAAAUAAGCGCUGUAAUCACUCAAAUUUAACCACACAUAAACAAAAAAUAAAAGUAUUUAACGGUCCAAACCACCAAACAAACCAAACACAAGGAAGAAAGGAAGCAGUGACAGCUGUCAAAUAUCAGCUUCCAAUUCCGACAAACGACAACAGCGAUACCAGCGGCAUCCAACGGAUUGAUCACCAACUAAAAACACUGUUCCGAUUCAUCCCAUAAGAGUGAAUACCCCCUGACCCAUGCUUAAUUAAGGGUUUGACGACAUACUCUAAAUUCCGGCUGUUUUUUUCACCGCAAAAAACGUUGCCAGAUUUCCUGCGUUGCGCCUUGUCAGGCCUCAGUUGCCCUCAACCCCAUUCCAAAAAGUUAUACACUGACGUUUCAUGUUUUGCUGUCUUCUUUUUCGUUAACAUGAUGUUCCGUGAUUGUUGACAACUUGACCACCAAUUGAUAAUAUAAUCAUAUGACUGAAAACAAUCCUAAUUUGCCUAAUCCUAUUCUAGUUGUAAUAAUUCAUAAUAAUACUGAAUUUACUUUAAGCUAUGGGUGAGCAGUCCAUACCACCUCAAGAAAAUGGAAUACCAGAAAAGCAAAAGGCUAGCAAUCCGAAUGGAGACAACAGUAUGGAGAUACCUUCCUCCGAGGAUGACGAAUUUGAAGACAUGACCCCUGAAGAUUUCGAAAAACUUGACAGCCAGUUAGAUGCUCUUAACUCUGCUCUUGAUGAUAUGGAACAGCAGAAUGACAAUAUUCAUGCCAAGCUAGUGCAGUUGUUGAAUGAAAACAGGGAAGUACGACAGCAGUUGCAGGUACUGGAGCCAAAGAGUGGGUCAUCAAAGGAAUCCUAAUGAGGGAAAUCUUAGUAUAUACCAAUAUUUGUUAUAAUUUAAAAGAUUUUUAUUGUUGGCAAUUCAGGUAACGAGAGGUGGUUUUGUAUAAAAUUAUAUAACACUUGUGAUGUUUAUAUAUGCAUUUUGAAUCAGUAGCCUUUCAAAUACCAGUUUUUAAUUUGAAGUUGUCCUCCCAUGAAAUAAGGAUAUUGGUUUUGUACCUAUAUAUUUUUCAAAAACAAAUUGUUGGGUGUGGUGGAUGAAUUGUGUGAGGAUAUUUUAUUUUCAUUGCUCAAGGUAUUAUAUUUUUCAAAGUAUUUAUUUUUUUUUGAGAAACUCUACUCCAUAUACAUGGUCUUAUACUAGGAUAUAGUGCAUUUUCCAUGUAAUAUUAUAAUUAAUUGAUACCAAUUUUAAAUGAUUUGUAGUCAAGCAUUUUGUUCUUUCAAACAAUAACUACUGUAUUCUGUUUACAUGUACAGAUUUAAUAUCAGUUUUGUAAAACCUGUUCCAGUAUGAGGAUAUACAGGUAUAUAUAGUUUGUUCAAUAGUCAAGUAAUUUAACAAUAGACACUUUGUUAUGUCUCAAUAUCCUAUCUAAUGUUUAUUUGAGUAGAUAUUAUGUCAAUAAUUAUAUUUCAGAAAUACAAACUAGAUAAUACUGAACAAAAUAUUAAUUCAUAAUUCUGUCUUAAUUUUCAAAAGAUGUUCCAUGAACAGUUCCACAUCAAAAUCCUCAAUGAUAGUGACAUUAUCUUCUUUCUUUUUUAAAUGGUCCAGUACCAUUUGUCCCCUGGUAUGACUGCUGUAUAGUUCAAUAGUGGCAUUGUGCUUGCUGCAUUUUGUGAUAGCCUUUCGUGGAUUAAUAAAACAAAAUGCCAGAAAAGCAUCACAGGGCAUCCACCCAUUACUUUCAGCAUGCUUUUCUAUGCUUUUUUCUCCCCUGGCUAGCAGUUCAAGAUAUAGUUUGUCUGUAGCAAAUGUGUUGUAUAACCAGACCUGAAAAUUAGGUGAAUUAGCUAUAUGGCUGGUUUCUAGAAAUUUGAAGUAACUAAAAAAAAAAUCAGAAGCUACACAGGAAAAUAUGCCAGAUAUUUUCUUUUUCAAAUGGAAUUGUCUAUAACUAUUUUUCAAUAAUGAUAUGGCUUAUCCUCCUUUUUACUCGCGCAUCUUUUAAAAAAAACUUAUUCACACAAAUAAAAAUAUACAUAUGUAUUUCCUGCUGAAGAGAUCAGAAUGGGAUACAAUUUUUAUUCUGAAUACUGAUAGUCUGUGUCUAUACAUUUCAUGGCCAAUAAUCCUUAAUUGAAGGUUAUUUUCACAUCUUAUGGAAGUUUAAAUACCUCAUUGCACCACCUUUCUACUGUUUAGUAAAAGUGUUCUCAAAUGUUAAAGUCAAAUAAGGUUUUUGUUGCACCACUCCAAUUUGGAGGAAACUCAGCUGAGAUACUGAUACUGUAAUAACUUUUUAAAGAAAUUAAAAGUUAAACAAAUGAAACACCGUGAUAUAAUCACAUACUUCUAUUUAGAUUGAGUGAAAGUAACUUCCUCCCUGUACCCUUAUUAUAUUUGUUACUGUACAUACAAUAUUUAUCAUCAGUCCAAAAACAUACUCAAGUAUUUGCAACCUAAAAAAGCAUUUGAACAAUUUGGUGAAAUGAAUUGUGCUCCAUGGAUGUUGUUUCCAAUGAGUAGCUACAAAAUAUUAUCAUCACCCAAGCUUUGUAGAACUUGAUUGCGAACCUGGAAGAACUUUCUUUAUCCGCUGUUUUUAAUUUAUUGACAAACAGUGGUCAGUCAGAAAUGGGACCACAUUCUAAUGACAUGGGAUGAAAAAACAUUACAUUGUUCUGGUUCAUAGAAGAAACUGGAAACACCCAGAAUGUACAUUGUAAAGCCAAAAUAUUUAUAUUCCAUUGAAUUGUUGGAAAAUACCUCAUACUCUGCUUUUCCAUCCCCUAGUGUGCGUUAGGCUUCAUUGGUGGGUGGUGGGUGGAAAAGCGUCAAACUUUAUUAUAGAAAUACCUUUGAUAUCAGGACUGUGCUGCAUGGUUCCCAUGGAAGAAUAUAGAUUUCACAUUUCAAACAUUCUAAAACAAUGUGUACUGCUUCUGGAUCCAUGUAGAAGUUGAAUUCUGCUGAUGAUGUUAUAUUCCCAACUCCUUAAAGUAAGUUCUCUUAAUGACCUUGUUAAGCAUGUUAGAGAGUCUAAUAAGCGAUGGUGGAUAUAAAGCCUAAAAGACUAAAUAAUUUAAUAAUAUGCUGAGAAUAUGGAAAACGAGGAUUGUUCUCCUAUUAUAGAAAAACGCAUUUCUGCCAUUUUGUGCGUUUAGCCAUUGAUUAACAUAUUUUUCCUGAAGAUAGCCACCCAUAUACCGCGUUUCGGUGCCCAAAAAAUGAAUCAAGAUGAAAUGAGAUAUCCUGUUGUUUCUCCCCCUCGUAAUAAUCUGAAAUCUAGUUUGAAAAUGUAUCUUAUAGAUCGCGCAGUUUAUAAAUGGUCUGUUUUUGUGUGUGGUAUGUAUGAGAAGUGAUCAGUCGCGCAAUAUACUCCGCUCGCUAUGUACGUUGUCCACCUGUCAGCAAACAACAUUAUUUCACGUGGGGAUAAUUGCAUUAUCAUUAUCUCUGAUUAAGAAUAUCAUUUUGAAGUCAACCCAUUUUUCUCUCUCACGAUUGUAUACGAAGAUUAAGUUAAUCAUUGCUCUCAGUCGGUCUAGUGGCAUUUUUGUCACAACUUAGUUUCAGCCACUGUUGCAGCGAUUUUAAUGGAAUGUAAUGGAUGUUGAGGCUGUGCAGUGACAAAAUGGCUAACAGACUGAACGGUUAACAAUACGGAAAAACCGUCGAAAACAAAAAGGCAGAAUUUAAUCCCUUACAAAAUUACAAACGUGUUUAUCAAAAUGACUGCUUAUGCCCCAGCCCCAUCAUGGCGCCAAUUUGAACUUGUUCUUGUUGUUGAAGAUUUAUUUAGUAUUAGUGCUACAAUGUCAAUUUUGUAUAAUGAUUCGGUUACAUAUUUUUCUUCAAUCCAUUUUCUGUCAUUGUACAUUCUUGUCUAUUAAAAUUACGUCACUAUGUAUUUUGAUUAUUC